AUGUUCCAGCAGACCUGGGCGAAGACAAAGCUGGAUCUAUUGACUCUUCAAUCCACGGCCUUUGUUGCUGUGCUACUACCCUUCCUAUAUGUGUCAAUAAGGACAUGCGUGCACGACUAUCGUGGGUGGCUCAAUCUUGGUGAGGGCGGACUGCCAUAUAACGUCGGCGGUUGGGUUAUCCAAUGGAUUCUCAAGUUGACCAUGGCAAAACGGAAUACCAUCGACAUUGAAUGCUACGCGCGACCGCUUGCAGCUGAUCUCGCCGAGGCAGAGAAGCGCCGUAAUACUAUUAAGCACUUGGGUCCAUUGCCUCAGCGCUUAGGCAGUCGCCCGAAGGUUGCUCACUGGGUUAUUCCACACCGGCAAGUACGAGAGAAGCCACCAUCACGAUCCCUUAUACAAGUAAGUGCUCUACAGACUGCAUUCCAGAGUCUUGCAAACGAAAGACAACAUGUGGCCACGAUAUGCACAUCCGUACUUGAGCGUCAUGGAUCCGGCCUCUUCGUGUUGGAUUCGACCAAGGCCCCUGCCGUGGCCGUCCAAAGCCGCGGCGAGAUCACACAUUUCCAUGAAUCCGACUGGUCGGCACACGCGACGCUUUCAUAUCCUGACUGUGAGGAGGUGAUACAAAAGGGCUGGGGCGAGAGGCAUGGGCUGUCCGGCUCGUUGUUGCCGCUUGGGUAUACAUUGUUAUUUGCGCCAGAGAGCGAGGCGGAUGUACAGGUUAUCCAAAGUAUUAUGGCUGCAGCAGUGGAAUUUAUGACGGGAGAAACGGGAGCUAGAGAAGGUUCGGCUGAUAACUUUGAGUAUACAAUAUAA